CUCUCUUUCUCGAUCUCUUUCAAUCCAAUCUCUCUCUUGCUCUCUCUCUCGCUCACUUCAGAAUUUUGGAUUCUAGUUCUUUGGGUUCUUGAGAAAAUCCCCCAUGGAAGAUCAACAUCCAGAAAUUUGCAAUGAUGGUGUUUUGCCAUGUGAAUCGAAGGAAUAUUCUGCCGACAAUCACGAUUCCGACGCUGUGGAAGAAAGUGAGGAUACUGUGACAAGUGGAAGCCAAGAAGUUUCUCCCACCAGUGGACCAACACUUCCAAUUCUACAGAAAAUUACUGAUUUGGGUAACAAAAUCAAGGUCUUGAAGGAUGAACAUGCGUUGGUAUCCAACCAAGUAAAAGAGAUCAAGAAUUGUUCCUUCGUAGAACCGGAAAUGUCAAACGCUCUCCAGCUUCUGACUACUGAGCUUGGAACUCUAAAAAAGCAGUACUUGGAAGAGUCAUCAGAGAGGAAGCGAUUAUACAAUGAAGUUAUCGAACUCAAGGGAAAUAUCAGGGUUUUUUGCAGAUGCAGGCCUCUGCACCAAGCAGAAAUAGCAAAUGGCUGUGCUUCUGUAGUUGAGUUUGAUCCAUCCCAUGAAAACGAGCUCCAAAUACUCUCAACUGAUUCCUCGAAGAAGCAUUUUAAGUUUGACCAUGUAUUUAAGCCUGAGGAUGGCCAAGAGACUGUUUUUGCUCAGACAAAACCGAUAGUUACUUCUGUGCUAGAUGGUUACAAUGUCUGCAUAUUUGCCUAUGGCCAAACUGGAACUGGAAAGACAUUUACCAUGGAGGGAACACCAGAGAAUAGAGGAGUGAACUACAGGACAUUAGAAGAAUUGUUUCGCUCUUCAGAAAGCAGAAGCCGUCUCAUGAAGUUUGAGCUAUCUGUUAGCAUGUUGGAGGUUUACAAUGAGAAGAUAAGGGAUCUCUUGGUUGAUAACUCAAACCAUCCUCCUAAGAAGUUGGAAGUUAAGCAAUCAGCAGAAGGAACACAAGAAGUCCCUGGAUUAGUCGAAGCACAAGUUUUCAAUACAGAGGAAGUGUGGGAUCUUCUCAAGAGAGGAUAUUGUGUUAGAUCUGUGGGAUCAACAGCUGCAAACGAACAAAGCAGCCGCUCUCAUUGCUUGUUGCGAGUUACAGUGAAGGGAGAGAAUUUGAUCAAUGGCCAGAGAACCAGAAGCCAUCUUUGGCUCGUGGACUUGGCUGGUAGUGAGCGAGUAGGAAAGGUGGAAGUUGAAGGAGAAAGGCUGAAAGAAUCUCAAUUUAUCAAUAAGUCGCUUUCGGCUCUCGGUGAUGUUAUCUCUGCCCUUGCUUCCAAAACAAGCCAUAUUCCUUACAGAAACUCAAAGCUCACUCAUAUGCUACAAAACUCUUUGGGUGGAGAUUGUAAGACAUUGAUGUUUGUUCAGAUUAGCCCGAGUUCCACUGAUCAAGGAGAGACGCUUUGCUCCUUAAACUUUGCAAGCAGAGUCCGCGGAAUCGAAAGUGGACCUGCCAGGAAGCAGGCGGAUGUGUCUGAACUGCUCAAGUUAAAACAAAUGGCUGAGAAGCUGAAACAUGAGGAAAAGGAAAUGAAGAAGCUGCAGGACAAUGUGCAGUCACUACAGCUACGCCUCACUGCUAGAGAACACAUAUCCAAAGGACUUCAAGAGAAGGUUCGUGAUCUGGAAUUUCAACUAGCAGAAGAAAGGAAAACCAGAAUCAAGCAGGAGACACGAGCUCUAGCGACUGCAUCAUCAUCGUCAUCAUCAACAGCAUCUAGGCAGCUGAGAGAGACACUACCGACAAUCACAGAGAAAAAGCCACCUCUGGCUCCCACAAGAUCAAUGCGAAUGCCAUUGAGAAGAAUCACAAACUUCAUGCCCCAACAACCAUCUCAGGGUCCUUCCAAGAGAUUCUCAGACGCAACAAGCAAAGAGAAUAAUAAUAAGAGCCUCAGAAGAUCAUCGUCCGUGGAUAUGAAUACAAUGAUGAAACCAAGAAGAAGCUCCAUCGCAUUCAGGCCAGCUCCUCCUCCAUUAGCCGUUGCAUCGGGUAAUAAUAAAACCCUCCAGCCGAGAAGGAGAGUCUCUCUUGCAACGUUGAGACCAGAACCAUCAUCAUCAUCUUCUUACAUGAACAUGACUACUCCAUCACGCCCUUCGUUCCGUGGUGGUGGUGACCCGAGAAAGGCGAGAUACUCUAAGCUCUUCACUCCAGACCGCAACCUGGUGACUCCAAAUGCAAUGAAAAGCAGCAGAUUCAUGAAGAGCCCUCUUGGAGGCAGCUCGUGGAAGGCGAGUCAUCCCACGGUGGUUGCAUUGCAGAAGAAGACUGUGGUUUGGAGUCCGCUUAAGUACAAGAACAGAAGGUCCUUCUUAGCGAUGCGAGCUUCUUCUUCUUCUUCUACUUCUUCUGCCACCGAUUUGCUCCGGACGGAACAAUAAUGGCCUUCUUCGUCUGCAUCUUUUAUUCACCGUCUUUGUGAAAGUGUUUGUUUACAUUCAGGUCGUCCGUUGAAACUUUAAAAUAGGAUUCGACCAAAAAAAAAAAAAAACUUUAAAAUAGGAUUUCUGUUGCUCCCUUUUUUU